UCCGUCAAUUGCGGGAAGAUGGCAGGGAAGUAUGAGAAACUGAAGGAGCUUGGCUGUGGAAGUUUUGGAAAAGCUUGGUUAGCUUUAGAUAAGAGCACCAGAACGAAAUGUGUGCUGAAAGAAAUCAAGGUGUCGGUGCUAAGCGACAAAGAGGUAGACCAGGCGCUAGCUGAAGUCUCCAUCUUGGCGAGGUGCAGGCACCAUAACGUGAUUCGCUACGCCGACGCUUAUGUCGACAAACGGGACGGCACGCUCAACAUCGCGAUGGAAUACGCCGACGGAGGUGACCUCCAGAAGGCUAUACUGCAAAGGCAAGGUCUCCAUUUUCCAAAAGAGGUUGUUCUCGACUGGUUUCUUCAGAUCUGCCUUGCUCUCAAGUUUAUUCACUCUGAGCAUAUUCUUCACAGAGAUUUAAAACCUCAAAAUAUAUUUCUGACCAGUGGUGGCACUGUGAAGCUGGGAGACUUUGGAAUUGCGAAAGUUCUGCAGGGAACAAUGGACCAUGCCCUGACAACGAUCGGAACUCCCUACUACCUGAGCCCUGAGAUAUGUCAGAAGGAACCCUACAACUACAAGAGUGAUAUCUGGGCAGCUGGCUGUAUCCUGUAUGAGAUGUGCUGUCUCAGAGUCCCGUUUGAUGCUCCCAACUUUCCCAGCCUUGUCUUCAAGAUUCUCGCUCAGAACUUCCAGCCCAUCCCAGUUGAAUUUGGACCUCUGAUUGAAGAUCUCAUUAACAUAAUGAUACAGACGGAUUCUGACAAGCGACCUUCAGCUUCUGAAAUCCUGAACAUCCCUUCCAUUAAACUCUACAUCCAGAGAAAUCUCCAACACAGGCACGGCUUUGAGGAAAGAAAGCGAAAGGUCCGACAGGAGACCGUAAAACAACUCGAACAAGCUGCCAUCACCAAAAAUAGGCCCAGAUCGCGUUCAGCAUCACCCAUGGUCACACCGAAAGCCACGGGAGACACUGGAAAAUUGCCAGAGCCGAAAACACCAAGAAUAACGUUAGAUGUAGCAACACCUGGUAGACAAACACCUGAACUUGUGACUCCUGAAUGUCCGACUCCCGAACCUGUGCCUCCUGAUUGUACGACUCCUGAUUGUGUUACUCCUACUUGUCCAACUCCUGAUUGUGUUACUCCCGAGUGUGCAACACCUGAUAGUCUGCAGAAGCCUGUCGUGGACGAGGCCUCUGAUUUGGACCAGAGUCCUGAAUGCGUGACACCCAAUCCAACUCCAGAGUGUCCAAUUAGGCAGUUUAAAAAACCGGAUUUCACAGGCAAAGAAAAUAUCUCACCAGUGCCAGUUGAAAAACCUGUGCAUCCCGCAUUGGAAAUGUUGAGACGACGGGAGGAGAACUUUAAGAAAUUCAAUGCAAUUGCAGACAAGGAAAAUCUACCUGGAAAAACAUUUACCAUUCGUGGUCAGUGUGAUCCAAAGGUGCGUCGGUUCUCCAUGGUAACGCCACACCUCAAUGAGUUGGUGAAGAAACAGAAGACUGAACGUAAAUACAUGUCGGUUCACCGCCCAGUGCCCAAGAGACCAGAGAAAGUUAAAGAGGGACCAGCACCGACUUUCUGUUUGUUCCGUGAGGUUGUCCGCUCGCAGUCUUUCAGUGGGGAGCUUCCCAAGAUCAUUGGCACUGGGGGGCGGUCAUACUCCAUCUGUGGCGUCCUGCCAAUACGCAAGAGCGACGUUGUCCAGCCGGUGUAUGCUGCAUCGGCGUCGGAUGAGUCGUGUGACAUGUCCGGGUGCUCAUCGCUGGGCGAUGACGAGAUCUUCAACUGCACGGCAAGCUCGGUGGAGGCCGACCUGCGCGAGCUGCAGAUCGACUCCAACACGUACACCAUACACAAGGGCCGGCGCAUGAGUCUCAUCCACUCCAGUCCAGAAUCGCCGGCUGCUGCUGCUGUCAUAUCACACGAUGUUUCUUCAUCCGAGCAGCUGGCAGUGCUGUAUGACUGUCUCGUGGACAAUCUCAGCAGCGACAAACUUGAUGGUGCUUCUCUUCGCUCAUACCUUGAGAAUGAGCUUGGACCUGAGAAAUUUCGAGCCGUGUACAACCUCGUUCUGACGUCAGCCAAGACCAAAUCCAGUUAUGAUAGCCUGAAAACGAAGGCGAAAGAGAGAAUCUCCUACCUCCCUGCCGUCAUGAUGCUGCUGCAGCUGGAACUCUUAUUCAAGUGAAACACUGGCUUGAAGUUAUCUCCCUUGUCAAAUAUUAUGAUGGGGGUGGGGUGCUCUUUAAAAUGUGUCUUUGUAACAAUACUUAAGGUUUGAUUUUCUAACAAUCCUUCAAACUUUAAAUUAACAAUAUCUGAAGGACAUUAAGUUAUGGAUUUGUGUUAAUUAAAGGUUAAUUUUUCAUUUUUUUCUUCUGUUGUAGUUGUACGUAAUACAUACCUCCACUAACAGCUGUUGCUGAAUUAAUCACAAGGGGUUAAGUGGGGACACAUUGUUUGGUUUUUUAAAAUACACAUCACCCUCACAAUUUUUAUUUAAAUCUGGUAUACAUAGAAACAAAUUUUGAAAUCCAUAAGGAAUAAAAUAAUAAAGCAGUAGAUUGCCUCGUCCAGGUGAUAAAUUCCAGAACGGACCUACAUGUAGGUGUUAACAGAUCAGUGCAAUUUGUAUCGCUAUAGAUUCUGUCUUUCAUGACACCUUGGUUCCUGUACAUUGUACAUAAUGGUUUUUGUGUUAAAUGUAGACAUAAUUAUCUUCAUUUUUGUAUGCAAUUGUAUCAACAUAUUAUUUAUGGAUAUUAAAACUUCUGUAAAUUAAUAAUUGUGAAAUAAUUCUGUUCUAAUAUUCUACAUUGUAAUAUUAUACUAGUCACAAGACAUUAGGGGCUUAUUCGCUCUGCCAGUGGUUGAGAAAUGCUCUUAAUUGUAGCCGUUGGUCCCCAUCGGUGGCCCUUUGAACUAUUUCUCAUUCCAGCCAAUGCAUCACAAAAGGUAUAUCAAAGGCUGUAGUAUGUGAUAUCCUGUCUGUGAGAUGGUGCAUAUAAAAGAUCCCUUGCUACCAAUGGAAUCAACAAUCUUCGUUGGUUGACCCAUUGGCUAUUUCUUGUUCCAGCCAAUGCACCAUGACUGGUAUAUCAAAGGCUGUGGUAUGUGAUAUCCUAUCUAUGGGAUGGUGCAUAUAAAAGAUCCCUUGCUACCAAUGGAAUCAACAAUCUUCGUUGGUUGACCCAUUGGCUAUUUCUUGUUCCAGCCAAUGCACCACGACUGGUAUAUUAAAGGCUGUGGUAUGUGAUAUCCUAUCUAUGGGAUGGUGCAUAUAAAAGAUCCCUUGCUACCAAUGGAAUCGACAAUCUUCGUUGGUUGACCCAUUGGCUAUUUCUUGUUCCAGCCAAUGCACCACAACUGGUAUAUUAAAGGCUGUGGUAUGUGAUAUCCUAUCUAUGGGAUGGUGCAUAUAAAAGAUCCCUUGCUACCAAUGGAAUCAACAAUCUUCGUUGGUUGACCCAUUGGCUAUUUCUUGUUCCAGCCAAUGCACCACAACUGGUAUAUUAAAGGCUGUGGUAUGUGAUAUCCUAUCUAUGGGAUGGUGCAUAUAAAAGAUCCCUUGCUACCAAUGGAAUCAACAAUCUUCAUUGGUUGACCCAUUGGCUAUUUCUUGUUCCAGCCAAUGCACCACAACUGGUAUAUUAAAGGCUGUGGUAUGUGAUAUCCUAUCUAUGGGAUGGUGCAUAUAAAAGAUCCCUUGCUACCAAUGGAAUCAACAAUCUUCGUUGGUUGACCCAUUGGCUAUUUCUUGUUCCAGCCAAUGCACCACAACUGGUAUAUUAAAGGCUGUGGUAUGUGAUAUCCUAUCUAUGGGAUGGUGCAUAUAAAAGAUCCCUUGCUACCAAUGGAAUCAACAAUCUUCAUUGGUUGACCCAUUGGCUAUUUCUUGUUCCAGCCAAUGCACCACAACUGGUAUAUUAAAGGCUGUGGUAUGUGAUAUCCUAUCUAUGGGAUGGUGCAUAUAAAAGAUCCCUUGCUACUAAUGUAAAAUUUCAGUGGGUUUCCUCUCUAAGACUGUCAAAAUUACCAAAUGUUUGACAUCCAAUACCAGAUGAUUAAUAAAUCAAUGUGCUCUAGUGGUGUUGUUACACAAAACAAACUAACUUGUAGCCGUUAGAUGAUGGAAUAGCUCACUAGCAGGCACUUCACUUUCUUGUCUCACGAAUACGCCAUCUUUCAGCCAUGCCAGGGCUUAGCUACAGUCCAGAAACCAGAUUCAAAGACAUUUAUACCCUCGCAACCCUAAUCGGUCAUGAAAUGUGUUAACAUAGAAAAGGAGUUUUACAUGUGCCAUGUUGGGGCUUUUCUCAGGUAGGUGCGCCGAUUGACAAAAGUUUUAAAAAGCCAAACAGUUUAAGAUUUUUAUGCAUUUGCCAUAUGCUUUUUACCAACAACCAAAACCGAUUGUGACUAAAAGUCUGGUUUACAUGCAAUCUGCAAUGCUUUAACCAUGUCUGUAACUUAUUUUUGCUACCUGUCGCUACUGCCCCUGGAUUUUUGUUUAAUUUUUGAAAAAGUAAGAUAAAAUUUGAUACUGGCCCUACACUUGCUGUGACUAGUAUAUGUUGUAUAUGCACAUUUGUUAUUUAUUGUACAGAGUUGAUUUAAGACUGAUAAAUAUAAUAACAUUAAUUUUCAGUAGCAAUAAAUCUCUCUUGCAA